AUGCUUUAUCAGGGCCCUGAUCAGAUGUCUGAGAUCGAGGAUGAGACCACCAUCCAGGAUGUGCACGUCCUUGCUUUCCACAGAGAGAGUGGAGAGCUGCUUGAGAGUGGCGAGCAGAGAAAAGGCAAGCAGAUCAAACUGCUGCAGAGCGGUGAGCUGAUCAGUGCUGAAUUCCAGCUGCUUGCAGUUGAAGGCGGCUUCAAGUCUCGUAGUCUAAGAGAAGAGAUGAUAUCUGCGUCGUUGAAGGAGAAUGAAUCGAUUUGCCAUGGGCGCAAGUACCAGUACCAGUUUAUAAAUGAAAGCAGGACAUGGCAAGAUGCUCAGAGUUACUGCAGGGUGAGAUUCACUGAUCUGGCCACUGCUGACAACAUGAGCGACGCGGGUUUGCUGGUAAAUACAGUGGAUGUUGGAUACAGUGGUUCAGUAUGGAUAGGUCUCCACAAUGGAACAGAGUAUCGCUGGGUCUGGUCUAUAGGCACACUGUCCCAGUACAGUAUCUGGAAUUCAGGGGAACCAAAUGGCGAUGGGGGGUGUGUGAGGAGUUUUAAUGGAAGCUGGUAUGAUGAGAGCUGCAUCACCGCUCUCCCAUUUGUGUGUUUCAAUGACAGCUCUGGUUUUAUCAUCAUUACGACUGCUAUGGCAUGGAGAGAUGCUCAGAGUUACUGCAGACAACACCACACUGACUUGGCGAGUAUCAGCAGCGCAGAGCAGCAGAAUCUGAUCCGUAAUCAAGCAUCUCUCUGGAUUGGUCUGUUCCUGGACUCUUGGCAGUGGUCUGAUAGUGGGAAUCUCAGUUUCAGAUACUGGACAGAAGGUCAACCAUCCCAGAGUUCAGGAUCUGAGUGUGUCGGCAUGUCAAGAAACAAUUCUGGGAAAUGGGCUCAUGAAAGCUGUGAUCUAAAGCGUCCUUUUAUCUGCCAUGGAGGUGAGUUUCCCUAAAAGAAUCAAAUGAUUCAAACAAGAGAUUUGUAGAUCAUUCCUGAAACAGACCUACUGACAUAUGUUUUCAUUUAUUGAUAUAUCUUCUGUGUUAAUGAUGAACUCUUAAUUUCUCUAGAUGACAAGUUGAUUAAAAAGCAGAUUGUCAAACUAAAAUUGUCCUGUAAUGGAAAAUGCACGUUGAAUGAUCCUUCCAUACAGAAUGCCAUCCUGAAUGAGAUAAGUGAAAAGCUGAAGAGCAUGGGGCUGGAAAGUGACACCAAAAUAAGCUGGAGAAAAGGGGAAGGUGGAGAGGUGUUUCAUCAGGAGAUCAACUGUACUGCGAGUUCCAAUAAUACAUGUAAUAAGAAGUAAUCUUUUAUUUAGGCCUUUAUAUCAAAAUUCAAAAAAGACUUAAAGAAUAUAGAGGGGUUUUUAUUUUUAGUAACAGUAGAUUGCUUUAAGGAAUUUUGAAGUUGUAGUAGAAUUAUCAGUUA